AUGAAAGAAGGAUAUGCAGUCGUGCGGUUUAAGGACACCAAGGUUGCAAAAAUUGCGCAUUUAUCAAUUGUUCGGAAUGUGGACAAAAGUCCAUUUGAUCCGAAGAGUUGUAAAGAUUUCAUCAUCGGGGACGAUGUUCAGGUGAAAUGGCAACAGUCUCUAACAGAGGGCAGCCUACAAGAUGAUGGAUUCUACGACGCACAAAUCUUUGCAAUUGCCCCAUCUGUCGUAACAGCUGAAAAGAAAGCAAAGGAGCUUCGAAUUAAGCUUCCGCAGUGCUCACUUAUUAGUAUUGAAGCCAAGUCAACUCCAUUGCCAACGCAAAAUGUGGAAAAGCAGAGUUCUCGACGGAAGCAAGGUUCACGAAGUGAGAACAGCGAUUCUAUGCUCAAACAGAGAUCGAAACAUAGGCACAGUAAAUUAGAAGUCACGAAAGAGAAGGGUAAUGGUGAAAAGCAUAGUGCCACAAAAAGGAAUGCAGAGAAGGAUCAUACAGAAAAUUUGGGAGAUGAAAGCGUUUCCAAGAAGCAUGACGAGAUUGACAUUAAUGAAAGUGAUAUUAGUGAUUCUGAUGAGCUGAAAGACAAGGGAAAGUCAAAGAAAAAAACAAAUCUUAUUGCCAAGGACCCUAUUUCUUUAAAACGGCUUAAAGCUGUAAUAGAUGAUUCUCUCAAGACCAACCCUCUAUUUCAGAAUGUGGAUAGUUCUGGUACAGAUUGCGAAUUGUCGAAAAACGGCAUGAGCUCAAAAAUCAAGCCUAUGGAGAUAGUUAAGAAAAGUAACUCUCAAGAGAAGAAUGGCGCUGAUAAUCCAAGUAAAAGGAGUAAGAAGGAGAAGGACCAGGAUGGGAAUCAGGAAGGUGACUUUGAUGGAAACGAUAUUUAUGAAAAAGCAGAGGAAGGCAAAUCUGGGAAAUUAGGAAAUCAUGAUGCAACAAACCCUUUUUCCUGCUCUGGACAGAUUGAAACAGAUGAUUCUGUAAAGGCUUCUAAGGUUUUGUCAGGUUUUAAUUCAGAGGGAAUGCCGAGCCACAGCACACCUUCCAAAUCCAUGCCCAUGGUGGAAGCUAAAAAUAGUAGUGAGAAGCCUUUAUCACCAGUCAUGAAAGCUGGUUUUCAGGUAACUCCUCUUAAAGAAGAUUCAUUCAAAUCUCCCUUAUCUUCUGGUCAUAAGAGUCUUGUACUUUCGGAAUUGAAGAGGAAAAAUGAAUCACCCGUUUUGACCACUCCUUCCAAAAAAAUAAAAAAAGAUAAGUUCAAAGUGACAUCUUUUAACAUUUCAAGUGCAAGCAAACAGACUAAAUCUCACAUUCAGAAUCUUUUUAAAGGAGAUAGUCAUGAUGAAUUUGAGGAUACACUCCGUAUGGGAAGUGGGAGUGACUCUGACAUUUCCUUGUUUCAUGAUUCUGAUUCUGGAAGUGAGGACGAUACUGUUAAAUUAAUGGAAAAGAUUAGAUCAUUGCAGGAGAGUGUAGGGAAAAAGAAGAGAGAAGUGAAGGACCUACGAAGAGACCUCAGUGCCGCAGUUAAGCUUAUUGAUCAACUGAAACUGAAAAUUGACCAGCUGGAGCAGUCUAUGUCUAAAGAUUGUGAACAAAAUGCAGAGUCCAGUAAUGAACAUAAAAAAACUAAUCAAAGAAAGGGCUCUCCCAAGACAUCAAAAGUAGUGAACAAGAAGAAAAGUAUUAAAA